CCUGCUUAAAUGGCAGACUAUCAACUUUCCAUACUCUUUCAAGGCUCAAGCGUUAAUCUUGAACUUCUGGGAUGUUAAUCCCACUCAUGGCAGCUACUAUACAUGCAUUGAUUCAACUACCUCAAGAGUGAAAGCCAUGUUUCCACAAGAAUAUCAAAAGUUUUCAGUCUCAUGAUUAUAACAAUUUCCGAGGAAUCUUGAAUGAAUGGGUGAUUUAGAGAAAUUUAGAGAGCGAGAGACAAGUUUCAUAAUGAAGAACGCCGCAGGCUUGCAUUGUCUCGCCCGCCCUUCAACUCCACAUGCUCUGUGUGACGAGCGCUCCAACAAUGAACGAGAUUACUUCCACGUGUAAAGAAUUCAUCCAACAAUCCAGAAAUAGAAACAACAGAAACAUUACCAUGGACUGUUCUCGAAUCCUCUCCACUUGGAAUCAUCACAUCAACAAAGCGUCUUUUCGUAAGAGUAUACCAAUCGCUCUCCAUACCGCGAAUGGCUUUGUGCUUUCAUUAGGCCACGCAGAGACCACUGCACGAACCAGCUUGCAAAUCCGCACCCGCAACCGCACAGAGCAUCAGCACCAACACCACGGACGCGGACCCCAGGAUCGUUACUGGGGUGGUCCUUCACGUUCUGGAAGCGCUAGAGGGGUCAACGAUCUGAAAUCCGAAAAUUCUGGCCCGACAGGGAGCGGCCGCAGCGACCCCUCAUCAAACAUGUCAGCAACGUGCGGCUGCAAGUCGCCGCAUCCAGAACCUCAUCAUUUCAUAUCCAAUAUCCAUAUUUUGAGGUGGAAGAGGGGUAAUUUGUGCGACCGUAAGCUUAAGAGAUAACAAUGGAGGCCAACACCUUCUCCACGGAGCUGAGCGAGGUAGUGAGACGCUUUCUUUUGAGACGGCGCAGCACGUGAGCAUGAUGUCAAG